AGUUUGUUGAUAUCUGCUGGAGAACAAGAUGUUGCGUUGCUUAGACGGAUUGAAAAAUUUGUGCGUUGGUGUGGUAAAUUGGUGUAAUAGCGAAGUAUCAGGCUCAAAGCCACCUCCUAGUGGUUUAGAAAAUCCAGAAGAAAUUUCAAGAAUAACAGUUUUUAGUGUAAGCGAGGUUGAAGCAUUGUACGAACUAUUUAAGAAGAUUAGCAGUGGAGUUGUUGACGAUGGACUGAUCACUAAGGAAGAAUUUCAGUUGGCCUUAUUCAAGACAAGCAACAAACGAAGUCUGUUUGCAGAGAGGGUGUUUGACAUGUUUGACACAAAUUCCCAUGGAGUACUCGAUUUCAAAGAGUUUGCAUCUGCUCUGUCUAUUUUCCAUCCAAUUGCACCAAUUGAUGAUAAGAUUGAUUUUUUAUUCAGACUGUAUGAUCUUAAACAGCAAGGAUAUAUAGACAGAGAACAGUUGAAACAAAUGGUGGUAGCUACUCUAUCGGAAUCUGGCAUGAGACUUACAGAAGAAAUGCUUAAUAGCAUCAUGGACAAGACGUUUGAGGAAGUGGACACAAAUCAUGAUGGGAAGAUUGACAGAGAAGAAUGGAAGAACCUUGCUAUGCAGCAAACAUCGCUUUUGAAAAAUAUGACUCUUCCCUAUCUCACAGAAAUCACAACCACAUUUCCUAGUUUCAUAUUCCAUACUCAAGUUGAUGAUUUGAAGCAACUGCAUCUUCUGUCAGAUUGAUGUUUCUUGGCUGCUUAUGAGUUUGGCAUGAAGGAAUUGGUUAAAAUGGAUUUAUGAACUUCUGUAUAUAUUUUCAUUUAACUGAAUUUCGCAUUGCCUUUUUGGGUAUGUAAGGUUUAUCCAUUGGAUAAGUUGGUUGGAUUAACUUCAACCUAGAAUAUCAAAGUAUUUCAGAAUUUGAAC